AUGGAGGAGACCACCUCUUGUGGUCUAUCGAGCAAAGGAAAAGGGGAGAUCACCUCUUGUGAUCUCGGGGGCAAAGCGAAAGAAAAGGUUCUUCCAAAGCACCAAUCCACUACCCCAAGGAAGGAUGCAAGGGCGAGAAAAGGUACAUUUAAUGCUUUCUUGCAAAAAAUUUAUUGUGAUGCCCAAUGGAGGGAAAUAUUUGAAAAUUAUGAUAUUGAGGACUUUGCUUGCUUAGGUAAAGUGACCUUGGCCCUUAUCUCUACGGGGUGCCCAAUAAAAAACGGUGACUCUAGAGCUUUCGUAGUUCCAUGUUCUAUCAAGGACAUGGAAUUCCAUAAAGCUUUGGAGGAUCUCGUAGCCUCUAUUAAUCUCAUGUCGUUGAGUGUGUUUGAAAGAUUGAAUUUGCCAUAUUUGACUCCAACUAGAGUCACACUCCGUUUAGCCGAUGGGACCAUCCGGUAUCCCAAAGGUUUGGCGAAGGACCUGUUAGUCAAAGUUGGGGAAUUCAUUGUGCCCGUGGAUUUUGUAGUUUGUGAAAUGGGAGGAGAUGAGCCCUUUGGUUCAUUGAUCUUGGGUAGGCUGUUUUUUGCCACCUUUUGUGCCUUGAUAGAUGUGGGCACGGGAGAAAUUACACUCCGGUUUGAUGGUGAAAAGGCUAAGACCGAAAAUGUUAAUGCUUUGAAAGAAGGGAAAAGUGCUUCAAAGGAUAGGGUCAAGGUGAAAACUAAGACCAAGCCUAAAUGA